GUAUUUCAAUAAACUCCUACCUAACGUCAGAAAGUAUCAAUUUUCAAAAGGGGGGCCAAUAAUAGCAUUCCAAAUAGAGAACGAAUAUGGAUAUACGGGUUAUGGAAAUUUUGCUCCUUCCAAGAUAUAUCUGAGAGCCCUUCGUCAGUUAUAUUUGGAUAAUGAUAUUGUGGAACUCUUAGUUACUUCCGAUAAUGCAAUCGCUAGGGGAGACUCUGGAACACUUCCUGGAGUAUUAUUUCAGACGGUUAAUUUUGGAGAUUCGCCAGAAAAUUACUUGGGGAGAUUGAACGAACUGCAACCCAAUAAGCCCCUAAUGGUAAUGGAAUUUUGGAUUGGAUGGUUUGAUCAUUGGACAGAUAAUCAUCAAACUAGAAGUACUUCUGAUAUGAGAGACGUUUACGAACGAAUCCUCAAAUAUCCCGCAUCAGUGAAUAUUUAUAUGUUUCACGGAGGAUGUAACUUUGCUUUUGGUAAUGGAGCCCAUCUCAAUAACGACUUGUUAGACAACUCAGCCUUUUUACCUACAACUACUAGUUACGACUAUGAUGCACCCCUCAAUGAAGCUGGUGACUAUACAGAAAAGUAUUAUGCAGUUAAAGAACUCCUGGAAAAAUACAACGUCGUGAAAACGUUCAUACCCGAUACUCCAGAAUUGAUUCCAAGAAUAUCCUAUUCAUCUGUGGUAAUAGAUAAACAAAUUAAAUUAUUCGAGAUAAUAAACAAUUUCCCACCAUAUUUAUUGAAAAGUAAGCAAGUAAUUGCGAUGGAAAACCUCAAAAUCAACAAUGGAUCUGGCCAAAGUUACGGUUAUAUUGUUUACAGAAAAGAAAAUAUCGAUCUGGAAGCUGGAUCUAUUCUGAAAAUUGUAGGUCAUGUUUGUGAUACAGUCAUGGUAUUGGUAAAUGGCGAACUAGUAUCACCUUUUCUAGAAAACUCCAGUGACUUGAAUAAUUUUGGUUAUUGGCGGAUGAAGGAUUCAACCCUGAAAUUAAACGAGGAUAAGUUGUUUAAUGCGACAGUUGAUAUCAUUGUUGAAGAGUGGGGCAGGAUGCAUGGAGGGAAUAUAUUGCAGUACAAUCAAACAUUCAAAGGACUAUGGCAAGAACAAGUUUACAUCAACGAUGUCGAAAUUGCUGACUGGACAAUCAUUCCACUCGAAUUCAAGAAGCAAUGGAUAAAUUCUCUGGAGGUUCAGGAUAAGCAAUCUUCAUACGAUGGGCCUUGCAUGUAUCAAGCCACAUUACUGAUCCACGAUGAACCGAAAGAUUCCUAUAUAGAUAUGAGGAGAUGGUCUAAAGGUUUGGUGAUAGUGAAUGGAUUCCCGCUAGGCAAAUACUUCAAACUUGGACCACAACAGGCACUUUAUUUACCGGCUCCUUUGCUGAGACGAGGAAGUAAUAGUAUAAUAGUUUUUGAGCAUUUUAAAGCUUCAAACGAAAUAAGUUUUGUAACUGACCAAAUUUGGAGCAACCAAUAAUAGUAUAUUUUGUAAUGAUGGUUAUUAAUACACGAGCAUUAACCGGGAUACGAAACGAGCUGAAGUCGAGUUUCGUGUGGUUUAUGCUGCAAGUGUAACAAUAACAUUUCUACACUCGAUAAAUAAUGAAGAACGGUGAAUAUUAUAUUUAUAUGUGUGUUGAACACAAUAACAGUAAUUACUUAUAUUUCUUUAAAAAAUUCUACAAAAUUGUAAUUGAUAGUAUUACUUCGUGUAUUACUAUGAAUAUAAAAAAACUAUAAACAUUCUAUUUAUAUUUAUAUUGAACGAAAUAAUUGUGUUCAAUCCGAUUUCUCAAAAAUAUUAAGAUUAUUUAGUGUGCA